UGUCUGCAUCCGGUGUAACAUCUGUGUGGCUCCGAUCUAUCUCACGCGUUCUUCUCGUUCGUUGGUUCCGCGCUUCAUUUUGUUUUUCCGGGUGCGCUCCAUCUUCCAGCGCCGAGGCAGCAAGCGCAUCUCCCAUCUCGCCGCGAAGUGCUCCAGUAACCGAAGAUUUUCGUAUACUGCGUCGAUUCUUACAUCCCUUAUCUGAGAAGCUGUCAGAAUGACUGACUCCAAGUAUUUUACCACCAACAAAAAAGGUGAAAUCUUUGAGCUGAAGGCCGAGCUGAACAAUGAGAAGAAGGAGAAGAGGAAAGAGGCAGUGAAGAAAGUCAUUGCAGCCAUGACAGUGGGCAAGGAUGUCAGUUCCUUGUUUCCAGAUGUGGUAAACUGCAUGCAGACCGAUAACCUGGAGCUGAAGAAACUGGUUUACCUGUACCUUAUGAACUAUGCCAAGAGUCAACCUGACAUGGCCAUCAUGGCCGUUAACAGCUUUGUCAAGGACUGUGAGGAUCCAAACCCUCUGAUCCGAGCUCUGGCUGUGCGUACAAUGGGCUGUAUUCGUGUGGACAAGAUCACUGAGUACUUGUGCGAGCCUCUGCGAAAGUGUCUGAAGGAUGAAGACCCCUAUGUGAGGAAGACCGCUGCAGUGUGCGUGGCCAAACUGCAUGACAUCAAUGCACAGAUGGUGGAGGACCAGGGCUUCCUGGAUUCUCUCAGGGACCUGAUCGCUGAUUCCAACCCCAUGGUUGUGGCUAAUGCAGUUGCUGCCCUGUCUGAGAUCAGCGAGUCUCACCCCAACAGCAACCUUCUGGACCUGAAUCCUCAGAACAUCAAUAAGCUCCUGACAGCCCUCAAUGAAUGCACUGAGUGGGGUCAGAUCUUUAUCCUGGACUGUCUCUCCAACUACAACCCCAAAGACGAGCGUGAGGCCUAUUACUAUCAGCCAUGA